AUGGGUUCUGAGGAGGCAGAAGGAUUCGAAUCUGGAGGAACCAAUCCUUCUGUCGAUGCGAGUGUCAUUGCGGAAUUGCCUGGAGGGUGCCGCAUCCUCUGUACCAAAAGACACGGCGAGAGCUUCUGGGCGAAGACCAACCGGAUCGACGUCUUGUUGGCGGAUGGGCUUACCAAACAAUCAUAUUUCAUCAAGAUCAUCUCCCACGAUACGGGUAGAAACAUGGUCCAUGGAGAAUUCGAAUCGAUGAAAGCUAUCUACAACAUACUGCCAGACUUCGCACCCAGGCCGACUGCCUGGGGCACGUAUCGGAACGAUCCCGACACGCACUUCUUCCUGUGCGAAUACCGAGAAAUGGCAAAAGAUAUGCCUGAUCCGGACCAGUUUUCUGCACAACUGGCUCUGCUGCACAAGAACAGCAAGUCUCCCAAUGGCAAGUUUGGCUUUCACGUCACAACCUACGGCGGCAAUCUCCCGCAGUUGAACGACUGGGAGGACAGUUGGGAGACAUUCUUUACAAAGAGUAUGCGAUGGGCACUCGACCUAGAACUAAAAGUCAGGGGACACGAUCGAGGUUUUGAUACACUGAUACCGACUCUGUUCGAGAAGGUGAUUCCUCGACUGCUUCGACCGCUGGAGAGUGAAGGCAGAUCUGUCAAACCUUCGCUUGUGCACGGGGACCUCUGGUAUGCCAACUCAGCGGUCGAUGCCGACACAAGUGCCUCUUUGAUUUUCGACGCUUGUUGCUUCUACGCCCACAAUGAAUACGAGUUCGGGCAAUGGAUGCCUACUUGUAACAAAUUCGGUGCCGCGUACUUGACCGCCUAUCACUCUUAUGUCCAGAAAUCAUCCCCAGAGGAAGAUUACCAAGGCCGGCUGGAUCUCUACAAGUUGUGA